UUGAGAAACUCUGCUGCCUUUUCAGAGGGACAAGAUGGCAGUGAGAUCGAAGCAAGACAAGGAGGCAAUAGAGCACCUGGAGGCAAAGACAAAGAGGGUUGAAGUUGCUGGUAUCUUUCGGUAUGCUACUCCGUUGUUACGGAAACAAGACAUGCCCCUGUUCCGUGCAUCCAAAGAGGCGGUUCUACCAAGCUUGAGGAGUACAGAAAAAAGAUUGGCUAAGGACCCUCAACGUGCCAAAGCUUACUGUGAGGCAAUCAAUAAGCUGGUACAAUCAGGAGCUGUCAAGAAGUUGGGCCCAGAUGAGAUCUCAAUGACUGGUGAAUAAUGGUACAUACCUCAUCACUUAGUUAGCCAUAAUGGGAAGAAUCGGCUCGUUUUCAACUGUUCCUACCAGUUUCGUGGACUGAAUCUGAAUGAUGCCCUUCUUCCAGGACCGACCUUGGGCGCAUCUCUUCUUGGGGUCCUGCUGCGCUUUAGGCAACAAGCAGUAGCAGUUAGUGGAGAUAUCAGGAGUAUGUUCCACCAAGUCCAACUUCUGCCAGAAGACCGACCACUUCUCAGGUUUGUGUGGAGAGAUAUGAAGCGAGAGGUUCCCCCUGAUACCUUCGAAUGGCAAGUCCUGCCUUUUGGCACCACCUGUUCACCUUGUUGUGCCACCUUUGCUCUCCAACGGCAUGCUAGAGAUCACAGUGUUCCAGGGGAUGGUGUCAGAGACUCUGUAGAGCGCUGUUUCUAUGUUGAUAAUUGCCUUCAGAGCGUGGCAACUGCAGCUGAAGCCAGAGGAUUGGUCGACAAACUCAGAGAGACUCUGUCAUCGGGUGGAUUUGAAAUCCGACAGUGGGCAUGUAACAUCCCAAGUGCCAUCGGACAUCUGCCAAAGGAAGCUAGGUCGGAAAGUAUGGAGUGCUGGCUCUCACAUGAUGACAUUGGUCUGUCCGAAUCAACCCUUGGGCUAAGUUGGCAUUGGGAAUCGGACAUCUUGGGGUAUAAGAGCCGCCCACUUGAUUACGGCGUACUGACUAUGCGCAAUGUGUAUAAAGUUCUAGCUCGGCAGUAUGACCCUCUGGGUUUCAUAUUACCCUACACAACCCGCGCCAAGUUGCUUGUCCAAAGCAUGUGGGAUAAGCACCGUCACUGGGACGACCCCCUCCUCCCUCAGGAGCUCCAGUUAGCUUGGAAGGAGUGGGAAGACGAACUCCAUCUGUUGCCUCGCAUAACCUUACCCCGAUCCUAUGUUCCAGCUCACGUGAGUCAAACAGUUGUCUCUAGACAGACUAUUCAGCGACACGUCAGAGAAAGCCUAUGGCUCUGUUUCUUACCUGCGGACCAAGGAUGCCCAAGGCCAAGUAUACCUGUCCUUCCUGGCAGCGAGAUCAAGAGUCGCUCCCCGGCGACAACACUCCAUUCCACGUCUAGAGCUCUGCGGUGCCCUAACAGCAGCCCAACUAGCAAAGAUGUUAGAAGGGGAGCUGACUUUGGAGAUCGAUAAGAUUAUACUUUGGAGUCAUUCAACUACGGUGCUUACCUGGCUGCAGUCGGAGUCGUGCCAUUUCAAAGUAUUUGUGGGCACCCGUGUAGCUGAAAUUCAGGAGCUCACAGAACCCAGUGCCUGGCGUUAUGUGGACUCCUCUCUGAAUCCAGCCGAUGAUGUCACACGGGGUAAGACUCUUGGGGAGCUCGCCGUGCCUAAUCGCUGGAGCCAAGGGCCCCCUUUCCUCCUUAAGGAACCCCACGAAUGGCCAUCUCAAUUACCUAGGCUGCCUGAUUCAGAUUUGUCAGAGUACAGGAAGUCAGUUUCCUGCAGUAUUGUGACUAACAGUGACUGGCCAAGGUGGCCAACACACUUGGAAGGAUCUGGUUGAAGCUACGGUGCAUGAGCUUCAUGGGGCGGCUGGACAGGGUAGUGCUGUUACUGCUUCAGAUUAUCAUCAAGCAGAAAUGAUCAUCUACAAGAGAAUCCAGCAAGACUGCUUCCCAGAAGAACUACACCACCUCAAGAAAGGCAAGUCAGUACCAAACAGUAGUCGCCUACUUACCUUGUCCCCAGAGUUAGACCCUAAGGAUGCGAUCAUACGUGUUGGUGGUAGAUUGCGGCGGGCUGAAGUGCUCGAUUCUGCUUUUAAACACCCGAUCGUCUUGGAUCCCAGUCAUCCAGCCACCAAGCUCCUUAUACAGGACUAUGACACUCGUCUCUGUCAUCCUGGACCUGAACGGGUAUUCGCAGAAAUGCGUCGCACUUUCUGGAUCCUGCGCGGGAGAGAAGCAAUUCGUCAUAUACAACAUCUCUGUAAGGAGUGUAGAAGAUGGAAGGCCAAGCCAUCGGUGCCCAAGAUGUCAGACUUACCAGUGGCCCGUCUGCGUCUUUAUAAGCCAGCUUUCUAUUCCACGGGUGUGGACUGUUUUGGGCCUUUCCAGGUGAAGUUGGGGCGCCGCUCUGAGAAGAGAUGGGGCAUUAUUUACAAAUGUCUCACCACACGAGCAGUACACCUUGACCUCUUACAUAGCUUGGAUUCAGACUCAUUUCUAAUGAGCCUCAGGAGAUUCAUUGCCCGUAGGGGUACGCCAGCUGAACUCUACUCGGAUCAGGGCACAAAUUUCAAGGCAGGAGAGAAAGAGCUUCGUGAGACAUUUGUCGGUCUAUCCUCUGAGCUUCAGCAACUUCUAGCGAAGCAGAAGAUCACUUUCCACUUCAACCCCCCAGCAGCACCUCAUUUCGGUGGGGCAUGGGAGCGAGAGAUAAGAUCGGUCAAAUCUGCUUUGUAUACAGUUAUUGGAGCUCAGCCGGUCUCUGAUGAAGUACUCCGUACCGUCUUGUUGGAAGUUGAGGCGAUACUGAACACAAAGCCACUGGGAUAUACCUCAGCCAAUAUAGCAGAUCUGGAUGCAAUCACUCCGAACAUCCUCUUGAUGGGGCGGCUAGAUGGUGCUUUGCCCCAGGUAGUAUACAACAAGAGUGAAGGCUUGAGCAGGAGAAGAUGGAGGCACUGUCAGGUCUUGGCAGACCACUUCUGGUCUAGGUUUAUCAGGUACUACCUGCCUACCCUGCAAUCUCGACAGAAGUGGCAUACCACCAAUGUGGAUUUUGCCAUCAACUCUGUUGUUCUGAUGAUGGACCCACAGCUUCCCAGGGCUCUUUGGCAAGUUGGCAGAGUGACUAAGGUACAUCGGAGCGUUGAUGGUCGUGUAAGGUCAGCAGAUGUCCGGAUCAAGGACAAAGUCUACACCAGACCAGUUGCCCGUCUCAUUGCCCUCCCAGCUAUCCCAGACUCAUAAUGGAUUCUGUCGUAGUGCCUAUGGAGUGGCUGAGCAGUGAGCCUUUCUCAGGAGCAAAUUGCAUGCAAUUUGGGGGCGGCUGUGUGAAAGUCUCACUAAUGACACUGAUUUACGACGCGGAUGGAUAAGAGCGCUCUCGCCCCGGUUGCGGGGACUCUUAUUUUGACAGAGCGCAGCUCAUACGGUGGGAUGCUUCAGAGCGCGCGCACACCGCAAUCCAGUCUUGCAUCAGCGUCAUCUUCAGAGAGAGCGAGCCGUAAAACUCCCUGACUAAAUGCAGUUUUGAUCUUCAUUAUGUUUACUAUGAGUGUUUAAAGUUGUGUGCGUCCAGAGAGAAAGUGAGUACAACAAAUAGCACAGUUACUCAGGCUUAGUUGAUUGUUGUUUGCUUAGAUAGCGAUGUGGAAAGAGUUAUGACACAAAAUGGAUGCUAAUGUGAAGUAUAUUAGUAUUUGAGUUUCAUCCAGUACAGUGUAAUUGUGUAAUUAUGUAUAAUUAUUAUACAUGUAAGCUGUGAAUUAUGUUUCAUAUUCUGCUGUAUCUAAUGACAACAUUGUGUUGAUGUUUGGGGAAGCCAGUAGUUUUAAUGUCAUUUAUGUUGUUAUGAGUGUGAUUGUGAUAAGAAAGAAGGAUUGUUUGUUAGAGCAUAUCUUUUAUUUGUUUGUUACAGACCACACAGUCAUACGCUUAUGCUGACACUCCUCAGGACAUAAAGCAAAGACGAUAUCACUUAAUAUUCAUGCUCAUCUUCGAUCUGUGCACAGAGAGCACUGUUUAAUACAGCUAAUCAAGAUCUGGCUCCACCUCUUCAUAUGCUUGUAUAAAUAAAUCUGUUAAACUGGAUUCCUUCUCCGAUUUUGGUGUUCUUACCGACACACCCGGCCCAGCUUCAACUCAUUAGCCACAGCUAGCACCUUACAGUCCUUAGCCCCUCAG